AUGUCGGACGAGCUAGAAGACAAGUGCAGCACCGUUUGCUAUCCGACCAUAAAGCCCCUGCUUCAGGCACUCAAAUUGAGGAGCUGUUGUAACCAGGAAGAGGAUUCAGAGGAAUCCUUGGGCUUACCCACCAGUUGCAUGGAUAUCCCUAAUGCUCAAGGUGUUAAGCGAAUCAAGGUCCCUGGAGCCAAGUCCUUUGAAGUGCUGUGCGAUUCAGAAAUUUUGGGUCACGGCUGGACACUCAUUUUGCAUAAUCAAGGUGGCGAAAACUUUAAUCGGAAUUGGACUGAAUAUAAAAAUGGAUUUGGAGAAGUAUCCUUCUUCUGGGGCUUAGAAGCUUUGUAUUUAAUGACGCGAUCACAGCCCCAUGAAUUGUUCAUUACGGCUGGUUUUGAGGACAACUCAACAAUAUCAAAUCACUUUGAUAAUUUCAUCAUAGGAGGGGAGUCUGAUGGUUACAGGCUGAAGUCUGUCGGUAAACCUUCGAACGAUGGAUUGCUCUUCAUUAAAGCUCAAGUCAACUCCAAGUUUUCGACUUUCGAUCGAAACAAUGUUGGAACCGAAACGAACUUAGCUGUUAAAAAUAAAGGCGGCUGGUGGUUCUCAGAGGAUAGCGAUUUAUGUUUGACAUACUCGCAGCCUAAAAAUGAAUGGUAUGUAAUGAUGGUUCGAGCCAAAACUGGGGAAAAUUAGAAUUGUUCCUGAAAUAUUUGUGAUGUAGAAUAAAGAAAAUAAAAUAUAUUUUUUCCAGUUUUUUGUAGUAAAUGUAAAA